AUGGUCACUGGUAAUUUAUUUGCUGAUAUGAUCGUAGAUGGACAAUCCAGUAUCAAUCAACGUGCGUCCAAGAUGCUACAAACUGAUUUGCAUGUUGGUGUUGACUGGAAUGAUGUACAAACUAUCGGAGAGUUUCAAACAUUGACACUAUCGAAAUGGAUACGAGAUGAUCCAAGAGCAAGAAACUUAACCAAAUCAGAACGACGAGAGAUACUGCAACAGUAUGCUUUAGAAUUAGCUCCAAACUCAACAUCUGAAAAUAAAAAUAGGUAUGCAGAUACAGUGAUUUGGGCUGAUGUUACAAUUAAACCAGUGUAA